GCGCACAGUUCAUCACCGCGCACCGCUAAAGUUGGUACUUUACCUAAACUAUUAAAUCAGUAAGUUUAAUUUCUAGAAUAUUAAUUAUAUUGUGUUAAUUAAAAAUAAGUGGAUUGUAGUAUUUAAUUCGCUGUUCACCGCCGCGCAUCGAUACAGUUGGUCCUCAUCUAAACUAUUAAAUAAAUCGACAUGGAGAAGACCUACUCGGCGGAGGAGCUGGCAGCGAUGCCGGACCGCAUCGCCGCCACCUUUAGCAACCGCUCCGUGUUUGUCACUGGUGGCACCGGGUUCAUGGGCAAGGUGCUGGUGGAGAAGCUGCUCAGGAAGUGUCCAGACAUGAAGCAGAUCCUGCUGCUGGUGCGGCAGAAAAAAGGGAAAACGCCGCGCCAGCGCAUGGAGGAUACGCUCAACGAUCCCCUAUUCGAAAAACUCCGGACCAUGCGCGGCGGCGUCCAGCCUCUCCUGGACAAGAUGACCCUCAUUUCAGGAGACGCCAGCGAACCUGACCUCGGCCUGAGCCCUGCUGACCGUCAGAGGAUCCUUGAAGACACUGAUAUUAUCAUUCAUGCUGCCGCCACUAUCAGAUUUGACGAGGAGCUGAAGAAAGCCGUAAUGCUGAACGUGCGCGGCACCAAGCUAAUCGUGCAGCUGGCUAAGGAGUGCAAGCAUCUACAGCUGAUGAUUCACAUCUCGACCGCUUACUGCCACCUCCACGAGAAGCUGCUAGAAGAAAAACCCUACCCUCCCCCUGCAGACCCUCACCAGAUCAUCCAGUCUAUGGAAUGGAUGGAUGAAGCAACAGUAGCCGCUGUGACUCCCACGCUCCUGCAAAAGCUACCCAAUUCCUACGCGUUUACGAAGGCGCUUGGCGAAGCUAUAGUCGUCGAGGCAAUGAACGAGAUCCCAGCCGUCGUGCUGCGGCCGUCUAUUGUGAUCCCGAUCUGGCAAGAGCCGAUCCCCGGCUGGACUGACAAUAUUAACGGGCCCACGGGAUUGCUCAUUGGGGCAGGUAAAGGCGUCAUCAGAUCCAUGUACUGCAAGAGCAACAGCUACGCUGACUACUUGCCUGUCGACGUGUUUAUCAACGGCAUCAUGAUUUGCGCUUGGGAAUUCAUUGAGAAUCACGUCAAGAACGUGAACAUAGUGAACUUGACAUCAUCAGCUGAAAUCAAGGUGACAUGGUCAGAGAUGAUCGAGGCUGGGCGAGAGAUCAUCAUGAACAGAGUGCCGCUUAACGGAGUCGCCUGGUAUCCUGGUGGAUCGAUGAAGCACUCAAGGCUAUACCACAACAUCUGCAUGGUGUUGUUCCACUGGUUCCCCGCUAUGUUGGUGGACUGUCUUCUCUUCGUUCUUGGGUACAAGCCUGUACUGUGUCGCGUGCAAAGGCGUAUCAACAAAGGCUUCGAGGUGUUCGAAUACUACACCAACAACCAGUGGGACUUCCAAUCUGACAUCGCGCAGACACUCAGGAAAGAUCUCAACCCGCGGGAGAGAGAGGACUAUAAAGUGGAUGCCAUUGGUCUGGAUAUCUCUCGAUACUUCGAGGACUGCAUCCUGUCCGCUCGUCGCUACAUCUUGAAGGAGACUGAUGACACCAUCCCUGCCGCCAAGAGACACAUGAAAGUCAUGUGGUGCGUAGACGUUAUGUUCCGCCUCUGCUUCUGGGCGCUGAUGCUGUACUGGCUCAGCGGGUGGUUCGCUCCCCUCUUCUCGUCGACCCCCACCCCCACCCCUGAGCCCAUCUCCACAUAACCUCAGCUAGUCCCACUACCUGAUAAGUUAAUUAAGACUAACUGAAUUCAGAGGAGAAACUAGACCUAUAACCUAUAACCUUUUAUAUUAUUUUUGCGACAAGAAAAUAGAGAAAUGCAAGAUAACGGGGUUGGAUUGCUAAUAAAUCAUUUAUUAUUUCUCAUUGAGCUAAAAAUAUUUUAUAGACUAAGAGGAAGAUCAAAUCCGAUCAAGAACCUUUUUAGCUAAGUAUAUGAUGUAAAAUGAUUAAAAAAAUAUUUUUCCAAGAUAUUGGAAAAGAUAUACCUAGUUAGAAUCUCAAAUAUAUUAAUAAUACAAAAGAUAAUAUCCUAGUUACCUUCAAGCCAUGGCCACCAUACUUCGUGUGGACAAAAUGGCCGCGGUGUGUUACCUGUAGUAUUCUGUAAAAAUUAAGUUUUAAUGGUAGUUUAGUUUUUUUUGUAUCAAGUCCUUGUUACCUGUAAGUGUGUAAUGCUCAAAUCGAUGUUAGUUUUGUGUUCAGUCAGUUUUAAAAGUAGCUGAUCAAAGUAGACGUCAAAAUUCUCUAACAGCUUAACAAAAAGAGAUAUAUCUCUAUAUGCAAAACAUCUACAUUGUGACAUACUUUUGAACGCGAAGUAUAGAGAUAUAUGGAACUAUAGAAAUCUCUGCAGGGCUAAGAUGGACGGCUGUUUAUCAUUUGUCACCAUAUCUGUAACGCUCUAACAAAUAUGUAAGUGCGAAAGUGACGCACGAUAUGACAAGUGACAAAAACAUGACCAUGAUACCGCUGGUGAUUGGGAAAGUAUUCCAUUGUGGAUACUUUUGGCGCAUUGCUUUAUCCAUUAUCCGCUACUAUUGAUGCCGACUGUUCAGCUAAUGUGUCCAUGAUUUUGUAUAGAUUUAGUAGAAUUUCCUAGAUUCAAUAAUAAGCUUUAAUAAAUAUCUUAAGUUACCAUUUAUUCUGCGAUUCCUGUACUACUAAUUUUAGCAAGCAUGGACCUUAAAUUUAGACGUUAGAGUUCAUUGUUAUACAGCUAAUGGGUUAGAGGGCGCGGGCGUAGAACUUGUAAGAUUUUGUACUUUUAUAUGAACAAGACUUUUUCUGUGAAAUAAAUCAUUUUUAUAUAA